AUGCUGCGCUCGUUCGCGGUGUUCGUCGGUCUUUCGUGCCUCAUUCGAGUGUGUUACCAUCGACUCAUAGCACCGUCACCGCCCGACGCUCGUUUCGCCUUCCACAAAGUCGCACUCCGUUAUCGCUCCUCUCUUCUCCCUCUGAGAAUCCCGUCCGACGAUCCCCUGCUAACCAAACCCAUUCCCACUGCUUCACUUGCGCUAACUGCUACUGUGCUUCCCGCGGCGCCUCCUCCCAUUCAACCUGUCGGGCCAGGCCCGGUGCUGACUCUGCCGCGGAAGCCGCGUGGCACAGCCGCGUGCAGAAGGGGGCUGCUGAACGCGCUGCAGCAGUGGGCGGCAGAAGCGAAGCGGGGAGAGGCUCCUGCUGAUUCUGCUCCUUCUGCUGCUCUUGCUCCUGCUGCUGCUCCUGUCGCUUCUGCUGGUGCCCCAGCCGCGUUGCUGUGCUCCGCGGCCUGGCGGCGGGCGGCGCUGGCGCGAGCUGCAGCGAGUGGAUACGUGGGGAGGGCAGUGAGGCGGAACAUGACGUCACUGGCGCGGAUAGCAGCCGGCGUGGAUGCUGUGUGCCGCGGGGUGCAAGAGAUAGAGGCCAGCCUGGUCGGCGAGUGCGGCAACAAGGGUAACGCGGGUGGCCAGAGUGGGAAGGUGGUGGCAGCUGAAGCAGGAGGCGCAACAGGAUCAGGAGCAGGAGCAGGAGCAGGAGCAGGAGCAGGAGCAGGAGGAGGAGCAGGAGCAGGGGCGGCAGCAGCAGGAGCAGCAGGAGCAGCAGGAGCAAAGUGCAGCACGUGGCCUGAGGCGUGCUGGCCUGUGCCGCACAUGGCCUUCUCCGAUGUCAUGGUGCUCCCCACUUCCUUCCUUAUCGUCCCCCUUUCCUCACCCUACUGUCUUCCUCUCUCAAGCUUCCUCACCUUGCCCACUCAAACAAGCGGCUCUCAUUGCUCCCAUUCACCCCUUCUCCCUCCCCCGAGCCUUCCCCAUUUCCCCUCUCUCAAAGACCAUCCCCUCAGUCCACCAGAGCACGCAAGCACUAUUGACAAUUCUAAGAACCACCCCCCAGCCCCAUUUCCCACUACCUCCAUUCCAACCCCCCUCCAGGCCACCAGGGCACGCAAGUUCCUCGUUUUUGCCUACUCUGGAGAUCAGCUCUCCAACACGCGCUCUCACCUCGCAGAGGCUGCCCGCUUCGCCCAAGCCACCAACCGCACGCUCGUGCUGCCCAAGGUGCCUCCUCUCCCUUUGUGCCACUCCCUUUCGUCCCAAGGUGCCACUCCCUUUCGUCCCAAGGUGCCACUCCCUUUCGUCCCAAUGCACCACUCCCUUGCUUCCCAAGGCGCCACUCCCCUGGUGGCAAAAGUACCACUCUGCACAUUUCUCUCGACGCACUCCGUUAAAUCCCGCUUCUGCUGCUUAUGUUUCCUCCCUCGUCUCCGUGAGAACCCCCCUCCUUUUACUGCCCUUCAGAACCCCAAUUCUUGUCAUUCCAUUUCCCCCCCACCCCCUCUCCACCUCUCCCCCUCUCCUAUUUACCCCCGCUACCCCCACUUCCCCACACCGCAACCUCUCCAGGGCAGUCGCAGCCGCCUCUCACUCGAGCGCGACCUGCCGCUGUGCGCCUACUUCGACCUCUCUAACCUCCAUGUCCGCUGGAUCUCGCCCGACCUCUUCCUGCUCCUCGCUACAGCCGCUCUCACCCCCCCCUUUGCUGCUGCUGCACCUGGCGCCAGCCCCUCCGUGGCCUUCGUGCAUCUUCAUUUCUCCCACAUGUGGCACAUGCCCUUCACUCAAAGCAAGCAGCACACGGACGUGCUGGUGUGGGUGAAGAGCACGUUCGGCCAGGUGGACUUUAACCCUCCCACCAGCGCCAUCUCUUUCCAGAUGCUUCCGUACAGCCAGGCAUGGCACGCCAUGGCGCAUCGAGCCAUGGCCCGCCUUCCCCAACGCUACAUCGCGGUGCACUAUCGCUCCGAGUACAUCGCCUUCCACCUCGCGCACAAGCUAGUGCACAAAGGCUAUAAGGUGGAGGCGGGCGUGCUGGAGGAGCUGAUGGCGGGGUGCAUGGAGGCGGCGCGCGACCUCAUCAACGGCAUGAAGCGCCGCCACAACAUCUCCGCCGUCUUCAUCGCCGCCGACGUGCCGCUUGACGACCAGGCGGGCAGCCUGGUGCGGUCGGACUCGUGGAGUGAGACCACAUGGAAGUUUCAAGGGCAAGAGAGGGUGCUGCAGGCCCCACAGGAGAAGCUGCGGUGGCUGAGGGAGCAGGUGGCGGGGACUGUGAUGGUGGAUGAGCUCCUGCCCGCCAUCAACCGCUACGACCCCGGUCAGUGCACGUUGCUUGGGUGGGUGGCUUCUUUGGUGUGUAGCUGCUUUGAUGGCGACUUGGGUGGCUUCUUGGGUGCUUGGGAGGCUGCUUAA